AUUUCUAUAUAUAUAUAUAUAUGCUUCUUCUGGUUCAAGAUCCUUAUUAGUAUCAAGUGUUCAUUGAUGGAGCCCAGAAGUGUUGGUUUAACAGUAGUGGUAGUUUGUUCUGUUCUGGUUGUGGUGGUUAUAAGCAUGGAUCCAAGUUUUGAAGUCGACCAUCAGGCUUUGAAGGCCUUCAAGAGUUCAGUUGCUGACGAUCCCUCUGGAGUGCUUGCAGAUUGGAGUGAAGCCAACCAUCAUUGCAAUUGGUCUGGAAUCACAUGUGACCCUUCAUCCAGUCGUGUCAUGUCAAUUAUACUGAUGGAGAAGCAGCUUGCCGGCGUGAUCUCGCCAUUCCUUGGAAACCUUUCCAAACUCCAGGUUCUGGACUUAACUUUAAACACAUUCACUGGGCAAAUUCCACCUCAACUGGGGCUUUGCUCCCAGCUUUCAGAACUGAUUCUUUACCAAAAUUCUCUUGCCGGACCAAUUCCACAAGAACUAGGAAUCCUAGGGAAUUUACAAUCAUUAGAUUUGGGGGCUAACUUUUUGGAAGGAAGCAUUCCUGAAAGCAUUUGUAACUGCACUGGCUUGCUGAAUCUGGGCAUUGAUAACAACAAUCUCAGUGGUGCCAUCCCUUCCGACAUUGGAAGAUUAGAUAAUCUUCAAGUCUUCACAGGGUACAGAAAUAAUUUGGUUGGUUCUAUACCAGUUUCCAUUGGCACGUUGGGAGCUUUGCAGGUUCUAGACCUGAGUACAAACCAUUUGUCUGGUGUUUUACCUCCAGAAAUGGGGAACUUGUCAAACCUUGAAACCCUUCAGUUGCUUGAAAAUCGACUUCACGGGAAAAUCCCACCUGAACUAGGGCUCUGUAGGAAGCUCACCACUCUGAAUUUGUAUGGCAAUCAGUUCAGUGGGGGCAUUCCUUCAGAACUAGGAAACUUGGUUCAUUUGAAAGCGCUGCGGUUGUACAAAAAUAGGUUAAGUUCUACAAUUCCAUCCUCCUUAUUCCAAUUGAAAUCAUUGGUCCACUUGGGAAUAUCAGAGAAUGAAUUGAGUGGAACAAUCCCUUUUGAAGUUGGGUCUCUGAGAUCAUUGCAAGCACUGACGCUGCAGUUAAAUAAGUUCACUGGGCAAAUCCCAUCAUCCAUUACAAACUUGACAAACUUAACAUAUUUGUCUAUGGACUUCAACUUCUUCACAGGUGAUAUUCCGUCCAACAUCGGAUCGCUUUAUCGUUUGAAGAACCUAACCCUAAACAAUAACCUUCUCCAGGGGUCCGUUCCAUCUAGUAUCUCUAACUGCACACGUCUAGUCGUCUUAGGUCUAGCUUAUAAUAGAAUAACAGGAAGAAUUCCACAAGGUUUGGGGCGGCUUGCAAAUCUUAUUUUUCUAUCUUUCGGGAAGAACCAAAUGUCGGGCAACAUUCCUGAUGAUCUCUUCAAUUGCUCAAAUCUGAUUAUUCUAGAUUUGGCCAAGAACAAUUUCAGUGGAGUUCUGAAACCAGGCAUUGGCAAGCUCUAUAAUCUGCAUAUUUUUCAAGCUCACAAAAAUUCCUUAGUAGGGCCUAUCCCACCUGAGAUUGGCAAUCUAAGCCAACUGUUCUCAUUAAAACUACACUUGAAUAGUUUGUCGGGCACAGUUCCUCCUGAAUUAUCCAAGCUUUCCCUCCUCCAGGGUCUCUAUCUGAAUGACAAUGCUCUAGAAGGUGCACUUCCUGAGGUAAUUUUUGAACUAAAACAGCUUAGUGAUCUUGGGUUGGGUAACAACCGGUUUGCAGGACCCAUUCCACAUGCUAUCUCUAAGCUUGAGUCGCUUUUGUACUUGACCCUCCAUGGAAACCUGUUCAAUGGAUCCAUUCCAACGAGCAUGGGACACCUUUCUCGGCUGGCAACCUUGGAUCUCUCUCACAAUCAUCUGGUCGGGUCAAUUCCGGGGCCUGUCAUUGCUGGUAUGAAAAACAUGCAAAUAUAUCUCAACUUUUCACACAAUUUCCUAUCAGGGCCCAUUCCAAAUGAGCUUGGGAAAUUGGAGAUGGUGCAGAUCGUGGAUAUGUCAAACAAUAAUCUAUCAGGGAGCAUUCCAGCAACUCUUCAACGCUGCAAAAACUUGUUCAAUAUUGAUCUGUCAGUGAACCAACUUUCCGGUACAAUUCCAGAGAAGGCAUUUGCGGGAAUGGAUGUACUUACAAGCUUGAAUCUUUCAAGAAAUAAUUUAGAUGGUAGACUACCUGGAAGCUUAGCGAUUAUGAAGAAUCUAAGCUCCCUGGACCUUUCUCAGAACAAGUUCAAGGGCAUGAUCCCCGAGAGUUAUGCAAAUAUUUCCACAUUGAGGCAUCUGAAUCUUUCUUUCAAUCAACUGGAAGGUCAUGUCCCAGCGACUGGAAUAUUCAAAAAUAUAGGUGCAUCUUCUCUGGUGGGAAACCCAGGUCUUUGUGGAACCAAAUUUCUCGGGUCAUGCAGCAAUAAGAGCCAUUUAGCCGGUUCUCAUCCGUUCUCCAAGAAAGUUCUGUUGAUUCUCGGGGUAGUUGGAUCUCUCAUUGUAUUGCUGCUUCUCACAUUUUCUGUUAUAAUCUUCUGUCGGUACUUCAGAAAGCAAAAAACAGUUGAAAAUCCAGAACCAGAGUAUGCUUCAGCAUUGACGCUCAAGAGGUUCAAUCAAAAGGAUUUAGAAAUAGCUACUGGUUUCUUUAGUGAAGAAAACAUUAUUGGGUCCAGCAGUUUGAGUACCGUAUACAAGGGCAGAAUGGAAGAUGGGAAGAUUGUAGCCGUAAAGAAAUUAAAUUUGCAACAGUUCUCAUUGGAGUCUGACAAGUGCUUCAAUAGAGAAGUGAAGACCCUGAGCCAACUCAGGCACAGAAACUUGGUAAAGGUACUUGGGUAUGCCUGGGAAAGUGGAAAAAUAAAGGCUCUUGUUCUGGAAUACAUGGAGAAGGGGAACUUGGACAGCAUUAUACAUGAACCAGGGGUGGAUCCAUCAAGGUGGACUUUAUUGGAGAGAAUCAAUGUUUGUAUUUCCAUUGCAAGGGGGCUGGUUUACUUGCAUUCAGGGUAUGAUUUCCCCAUCGUCCACUGUGACUUGAAGCCUUCAAAUAUUCUCUUGGAUGGAGAUUGGGAGGCCCAUGUGAGUGAUUUUGGAACAGCUCGAAUUCUGGGUGUUCAUCUCCAGGAUGGAAGCAGUGUUUGCUCAUCAUCAGCAUUUGAAGGCACAAUUGGAUACUUGGCACCAGAGUUGGCAUACAUGAGGGAGCUCACGACCAAAGUGGAUGUGUUCAGCUUUGGCAUCAUAGUGAUGGAGUUCCUGACAAAAAGAAGGCCAACAGGACUGACAGCAGAGGAUGGCAUGCCAUUGACCUUGCGUGAGAUGGUGGAUAUGGCCCUUGCGAGUGAAUUCAAAAGGCUUCUUCAAAUGAUAGACCCUUUUCUAGCUUCAUCUGCAACUGAGAAGGCGGGGGAAGUAUUGGAAGAGGUCCUUAAACUGGCCUUGUCUUGCACCUGCACAGAGCCUGAGGAUCGACCUGACAUGAAUGAGGUGUUGUCCAGCCUUUUGAAGCUAGGAGCAAAGGUUGCUUCAUCAACAGCAUAAGAGAGGUCGGAUGGAAGCUGUAAUGGUGCGAGUCGUGCAUGGAGAAGGAAAGGCAACCAAAUUGCAUAUGCAUAUUGGCUGCUGCCUAUGUUUUGACUGAACUGAUCAUCUUGCGUGGUGGUUAUGUAGAUUGUAAUUGAAGGUGACAAUGCAUGACCUUCUUUUGUGUUUGGCACUUGGACCUUUGUCUUUCCAACUAGUAUUUUCCUGAUUUUUGCAUCCGUCUCUUGAA